CUGCUACCACCACCAUCCUCUUUUGGAAGCCAUAACAGCUCAAGCUCAAAUUCAAACAUGUCUAGCCCCAUCAGUGAAACCUUCAACACCAUUCAGGAGUCCCAGCCCAAUGAGGUAGAGGACAAGGGAAGCCCAAUGUCAAUGUCUGAUCAAGAUGCACAGGAAGUUGCUGCAAUUGAAGAAAGUUAUGAAGUUGCCACACGCGUCAAGAUUAUGAAGGCCAGGAAAGAAGGAAAGAUGCGUGCUGCCAGUGUCCCAAGUGAUGAAGAGAGUGAGGCACAGAUGACUGAUGAUGAAGAGGAGAGCAGCACAGAGGAGAGCAGCGCAGAGGAGAGUGAGGCGCAGAUGACUGAUGAAGAGGGUAACAACGCCAACGAGAGCAGUGAGGAGGAGGAGGAGGAGGAGAACAUGAGUGACUCCAGUGAAGAUGUUGCACUGAUGAGCAAGGUAAAGAAAUCUGCUUCAGUGAAGGUCAACAAGAAGGUGCAGAAGAUCCUUGUGCCCAAGCCAGAAGAGGCAGACAUGCGAAGCCGUUACACUACUUUCCAGACGGUGUACAGGCUGCUGAAGGACGCCACCAUUGGCUACUUCACUGUGACUGUCGCUCCCAUGUCAAAGAGUGACAACAUCAGACUUGAUCCUCAUGCUGGCGGUCCCACUCUGGCUCGCAACACUGUCAACCUUCGCACGCUCGACGAGGGCCAUGUUGGGCGUAUUCUCACCAGUAUGAAGAGGCAGUUUGAGGGGCUGCUCGACGAGAAUGCACCCAUUCUUGCAGUUGAACGUGAAUGGCUUUCAAUUCCAACU